AUGGUUUUACGAAGAACAGAUUUUAUGCGAGUAAUCGUUGAGCACCCGGCGAUGUAUGAACUGAUAAAAAAUAAAAUUGAUACAAGACUCAAGUCAGCGAAGACCAGACAGGAAGCAAUAGAAAAUUACGAUAAAGGUGAUUCGAGGCUAAUUCGAACCCGCUACCGACCAAUGAAGGUGCUUAAAGACAAGUUGACUGGAGCUGAAGAGGAGGACCCUACUUUUGUGGAUGACUCUCACAUGUAUUAUAGAGACGAGAAUAAUGAACGCCAGCCAAAGUUCACUACGGAGUUCCUUGAGCUAUAUCAAAUGUCCAGUAACGUGACCACGAUAGAUGCACCUCAUAUUUGUCUAAGAUCUAACUUUCCAUGGAUAUUGAUACCCGAUACCGACUUUAACCAUCACUCGGAUACUGAGAAGGUCCUCGGCACUAUUGUGGUCGCAGCCUUUCUAAUAAAUAUAUACAUGCAACUGACUACAGCUACAUAUGAAGAUAACGUACUCAAAGAAACGGUAAAAGAAAUAGCAGAAGUAAAAAUGGCGUCUUUUGGUUUCUACCUGGAUAUUGUAUCUGUGUUCCCUGUGUCUAUAUUCACUGAUACUAUGGACCCUCAAGGAGAGACGGUGGCUGGUCAAAUAGCUAUGCUAUUCCCGAUCCUACAAGUGUGGCAUAUAUGGCAUUAUAUAAACAAGUGGGCCAAGAAUUUUAAUAGCCAUACGAAAAACUCCUGGAUGUCGCAGUUGAUAUACUGGGAGACGAAGGUGUUCAUGACGAAUGAGGCUCGUCACGAGAGCCCUCUGAAGACGUCAUUCUUGUUCGGCACGUCAGUGUUCACUGGUACUGGCAGCUCGGAGGUGAUGUUCUUAUACGUUUUGGGUGCUUACCUGUCCUGUUUCUACACGGCAAACAUCUGUAGUAACUACCUGCUCUCUACACAAAGGAAGUUGAAAUUCAAGGAAUCCAUGCGGGAGUUGUUUUAUUUCCUCUCAGUAAAUCACGUUAGUGGAAAAAUCAAAGCCCGGGUGAAAAAGUUCUUCUGUGUGCAAUGGUAUUACAACCGUGCCGUGUCUACACAAGAAAUAUUCUCAGACAUGUCCUCAAAUAUUCAACAAGACGUACUUUCAAUAGAAAUGGUCCGGACAUUGGAUUUCUGCCCUUUAUUCCAGGUAUUAAAUCGAGAUUUUCUGCAAACUGUGGCGAGUAACACAAGAAAGUUGAUACUACCUGACAAUGAGGUGGUACAGCAUGCUGGUGACAUAGGCCGGGACAUGUAUAUCUUGAAAAACGCGUUGGCAGAUGAAAACGUUAAAAAACUAGCUGUUGCUUUUGAAGAUGCUAAACCUCUGAUCGGACGACUGGAUACUAAAACUAAUAGGAUCGCGAAUUCUGACUAUAUAAAAGGCGAUAACUGGAUAGAUGGCACUUGCACAGACGACCUGAUAAAGGUCGAUGUCGACGGUGAUAUUGGAAGCGAUAUAUGUUUAAGGAUGGACACCUUGAUACACGUUAGGUACAUCUUCAUGCCAGGAUGCAUUACUCCCCAUGGAUUGUUCCUGAAGUUCUGGUGCGCUGUUCGCUUCGUUGUCGCCGUGUUUUACAUAUUCGCUGUACCGUACGAUAUUGCUACUCAAUCGAAUGCUUUUGGUGCAAUAAUGGAAUACCUGUACACUUUCUAUUGGGUUUUCGAGUUAUUUGUGGGUUUGGGUUGUCCGCCUGUGAAUAUGACGAGUUCUGUAGACCUCUGGAUGAUGAUGGUUCUGCAGCUCGCUGGGUUCCUCUACUUCGCAUUCAUGUUUGGAUACGUGGCCUCGACUAGGACUGCCGCUGCGCAUGCGUUAUUGGAACAUAACGAAAAAACAAAGGAUCUAGCCAACUUUCUGUACCAAGAGAACGUGGAUCCUAUGCUGACGGUGAAAACGUUGAAAUAUUUCGAAUAUGUGUGGAAACGAACCAACGGCAGUAAUCCACAGAGAAUAUGUCGUCACUUAAACUCGGCUUUGAUGGAAGACACGCUAGUGUUCAUGUAUGAACGAGCUCUACGCGAGGUACCUUUGUUCGGCAAAGUCGAGAGAUCAUUCAUCAGGGUCAUCACUCAGCACCUACACGAAAUGUACUUUCUCAGGGGUGAUACUGUCAUACAAUGUAGGGAUAUACAACCCUAUAUCUUCAUUAUUUAUCGUGGCAAGACGUUUUUAUUACGCUACAAGUCCAUGUUCGCAGUCAAUCUUUCAAGUCAAAUAUCGCUCGAGCAACCAAUAUCAUGUUCGGAAGUAACGAUCUAUGCGAGUCGGAGCCUUGAUUUAUUAGUUAUACCCAGUGUGACUUUCUUCAACUUGAUCAAAUAUUACCCCAAGAUUCAUGAGCCUUUGAACAAGGCUUUUGAGAUGUCUCGAGAUUAUAUCUUGCCUAUUAAUAUGGAGAUGGAUGACGACGACUCCUCCGAAGACGAAUCGACUUUAGACAUAUUGUCUAUGGAAUCAGGAGGUGAUUCGAAGAGUGGUUCCAGUAGAUUUGACUUGUCAGGGUCACUUCCGAUGAGCAGCGCGUCACAGUCUAACCUGAGCCAAUCGAAGUCGUCAGCCAGUGUGUCCACGUAUCACAGUUACUCACACGCCUCUAAUCUGCUGAGGCCCGGAACGCUCAUGUUUCAGAGUUACGGCUAUGUGACGUGUACAGCAGUAACAAUACAUUACGUUGUGGGUCUGUAUGACCUGGUCACCUUGAAUGAUUGUGCCAUACUAUUCUGGAUACAUGCGCUUUUGGACAUCUACUUCUAUUGCAAAGUCUAUCUUAGUAUGCAUCAGGGCUACAUAAGUAGGCACGGCGAGCUGAUACUGGACGGAUCCAAAUGUCGCCAUAGAUAUUUCAAACACAAAAUGUGGCCGUGGACUGAUCUCCUCGUUAAUUUUCCACUGGAAUUCUUCGGAUUCGGUUUCCCAGAGACGCCACAAAUUCGCUGGGAUUACGUCACUUCAAUUUAUGUGAUCGUUGCCCAACUGACCACAACUGGUAGUGACGAGUUUGUAGUCGACGAGAAGCUUCCAAUGGUCAUCCUGGCCGUUGUACUAGUUUGUGGGAAGAUGUUGGCGGCUAUCGUCGUGGCUGCUUCCAUCCAGCUGGCGUACUCUACUAAAUAUGCUCUGACAGCAUAUGAGAAAGCUACCAGGGAACUUAUCGACAUGUUGAAGAAUCAAGGGUUGUCUGAUUAUCAACUACAAAAGUUUUGGAAGUACAUCCAGCAGCUUUGGGUCACGGAGCGUGGAAGACAGCUGCCUCUCCUCAUAUCACAAACUCCUUACGUAAGACGGUGUGACCUGAUGUCAGCCAUGUUUGGGCAUCACUUGAGGAACUGCUACAUAUUCGCUGAAACUGGGGAGUCAUUGCUACGACAGCUCACUGUUGCUCUUGACUACACUAUAUUCUUUCCUGGAAACUACAUAGUGGUGGCUGGUGAUAGUGAGGCACGGAUGUACUGGGUGGCUUCAGGAACUGUAUCAGUAGUGUCAGUGCGCGCCGACCUAACGGAGAUCACACAUGAACUGCUGGGACCUGGAGACGUGUUCGGGAUACUUCAGGGCAUGAAUAGGGGCAUCUCGCACUGCUUUUCCUACAGAGCUGAGACUAAGGUCAGUAUCUUAACGCUGAGCCUGGACUCCUGGAUCAAUAUACUACCAUUCUUCCCCGAAGCAAAGAAGAUGAUAAUGGAAAGAUCAGAAGUAUUAUUUACCCAGAUAGGAUAAGUCCAGGAU